AUGCACACGAGAAUCGCCUACCGCGACGCGCCGGUGCCGUGCCCGCCACGUCGCUCGUGUCUCAAGAGCGGAUCUUCCGCUGGACGGAAGUUCUGGGGCAGCGAGGCUGGAGGCCGCUACUACGUCGAUUCCGAAGCAGCAGGAAGAGGUGUGUCUCGCACGGCCUAUCUCCAAGACCAGCGCGCAUCGCAGGUCUACGAGUACGAGAGACGUGUCGCUGCUGAGGACAGGAGCUGGAGGUCCAUGUCUUUUCCGUCGGCUCGUCGAUACUCGAGGUCGUACUCGUACAAUCCCAACGUCGUCGGGUUCGCCGGCCACACGGUCUACGUCUACAGUCCCGAGGAAUCCCUGAGGGAGAUCUCCAGGGCUGGAUACAAGCUCGUGUCGACGUCUUCACCUUCACAUUACCUGGCGGAGUAUGAGAAGCCUUCGUGUUGUGGACAUCACUACACGUACCGACGCCCGCGAUUUUCCUCGUACUACUAG